UAGAGACGGCAGGAAGUUUCAGCGCAGUGCAACUGCGGCCGCGGCUUUAUGAUGAGCUCUGUGAUUGUCUAGACGAUAUAAAUAACAUGACCCGAAAAACUUGGUUUCCUCACCCUGCUCGGAAUAAUUCAGUGCUCUGGAGGGAUUUAAUAAAUGGACUCUAACGGUCAGCUGAACUUAAACUCAUCGUUUCCCUCCUCCGCCCGGUGUCAAACGAAUGGCAAACGUGAAAGUCGCGAUUCGAGUCCGUCCGCUGAACUCCAGGGAGAGUCUGGAUGGAGGACGGUUAGCUGUACAAGUAGAAGACAAAGUGGUGAGGGUCCGAAAUGUGAAGUUGGAGGGGCGUUUAGAUGGGCGAUCAGAAGUCUUGCCUGACUCCAGGGAGAAGUUUAUGGAGUUUGGGUUUGAUUUCUGCUACUGGUCCGUGGAUCCAUCGGCUCCCAACUAUGCGUCACAAGAGGAGGUGUUUCAAGACCUUGGUGUGUGUGUCCUGUCUGGAGCUUCAGAGGGGUAUAAUGUGUGUCUGUUUGCGUAUGGACAGACGGGCUCAGGGAAAACUUACACCAUGAUGGGCACUCCAGACUCCAUUGGACUGACACCAAGGAUCUGUCAAGGUCUUUUUAGGUCUGGAGUUGAGUCUGCAGAUGGACAGAGCUGUAGAGUUGAAAUAAGUUUUUUAGAGAUCUAUAAUGAGCGUGUGCGUGAUCUGCUGAGAGGGGCAGAGCAGAAGAAGCCAGCACCCCUGAGGGUUCGAGAACACCCAGAGAAGGGGCCCUAUGUGCAGGGUCUCUCUCAGCAUGUAGUGACUGACUACAAACAAGCAGUGAAUCUGCUUGAGGAGGGCAUCGCUAACCGCAUCACAGCCGCUACACAUGUCCAUGAUGCGAGCAGUCGAUCUCAUGCCAUCUUUACCAUUCAAUACACACAGGCUAUUCUAGAAAAUAACCUUCCCUCGGAAAUAGUGAGCAAGAUCAACUUGGUGGACCUGGCUGGCAGUGAACGAGCCGACCCUCAGUACUGCAGAGAUAGAAUAACAGAAGGUGCCAACAUCAACAAAUCUCUUGUCACCCUUGGCAUCGUCAUCUCUGCUCUUGCCCAGAACUCUCUGAUGUUCAGCAGCAGUCAGAGCAUUAACAGUGUGCUCAGUGAGGGUGAAGGAAGCACUGUGGGUAGUCAGUCCAGCUCUCUGUCGGGCAGCGGGCGCAGACAAUGCUUCAUUCCCUACAGGGACUCUGUCCUCACAUGGCUCCUCAAAGACAGUCUGGGCGGCAACUCCAAAACCAUCAUGAUUGCAACUGUCUCACCAUCCAGCAGCAGCUACAAUGAGACUCUGAGCACCCUCCGCUAUGCAGCUCAUGCCAGGAACAUCGUCAACAAGCCAAGAGUCAAUGAGGAUGCCAAUGUGAGGUUGAUCAGAGAAUUGCGAGAGGAAAUUGAUCGUCUGAAGAGCAUGCUGAUCAGCUUUGAAAUGCAAAGGAAUCCCAGUCCAUCUCUCAGUGAUGAGAGAGAAGGUAGCUUGUCUGAUAUAGUCCUACAGAAUGAACUGAAGGUGGAGCAGCUGACUAAGGACUGGUCUGACAGUUGGUGUGAUACGCGAGCCCUGUUGGAGCGCUACAGUGUGGACAUUAACCAGGACAGAGCAGGAGUUCUCAUUCACUCGCUCUUGCCCCACCUCAUCGCUCUAGAGCCAGACGUCCUCAGUACAGGGGUCACCAUCUACCACCUUCGGGAAGGGGUAACAAGAAUCGGGCCUCAGGAUGACAAUCUGGAAGAGCCUCACAUAGUCUUGCCAGAAGGUUCCUCCUGUGAGAUUGAGAAUAAGAGUGGGGUGGUGACUCUGAAGCCGGUCUCAGGGAACAUCUGCAGAGUCAAUGAAAGAGAGAUCAAGGAACCCUGCAGACUUGCACAAGGUUCAGUGAUUACCUUAGGAGGACUCCAUAAGUUCAGGUUCAACCACCCUGCAGAGGCGGCUAUUCUGAGGGAGAGAAGACGGACCAGUGAUGGAAGUCUGGUCUACAACUCUACAGAGCUCAGCUCAUCCAGUUCUGACAUAAGGGUUGCAGGAGCAGGUUGUCAUGAGAAAGGCAAUGGGACAGUUCCCAGACAGCAACUAGAGGAGCAGCAGUGGUACAUAGAGUGUCUACGAGAGGAGAUUCAGAUGGAGCAGAAAAGAGCGGAGAAAGAUCUGGAAAGAGAGCAGGCACGUCUCCGGCAGCAGCACACUGAGAUCAAGCAGUGGAUCUUGCAGGAAAAGCAACGGCUUGAAGCCCACAGGGAAAAGGGAACACUGGAGUCAGGGGUUCAGACAGAUCUCAUACUUCAUAGUGGUUUAUCAAGUCAGAUGACUGAGGAGCAAGGCAGUGCUGAAAGAGUCCAACCAUCACCGUUAAUGGGUGACAGGAAAAGAGUGGUGCAGGAGGAGCUACUGAAGCACCAUGCAUUACGCAGAGCUGAGAACCGUGUGCGCCGCAAAAGGUUAUGUUACCAACUGGAGAAGAUUGCACGAAAGCGCCAUCUGUUGGAGGCAAAGCGAGAGCUGCAGAGGCUAGAAAAUGAGCUUCUACAAGGGGGCGAUGAAGCCUCAUCUCCAGAUCUGGCCUACCCCUCAAAAUUCAGGGGACGUCCAAUGACUUUACGAAGGCAUUCAUUUUCUGCUGAUCUGCUGUCCCGACUAUACCCUCAGCACACUCCUAUUUUCAGCCAGUUCCUCAAAAGGAAUAGAUCUUUUGAGUUUACAGCGUCUCUAUCUGGCUCUGCUUGUUCCACUAAAUGGGAAUCUGAUGAAUGUCUCCGAGAUCAAAAGAUUAGAAGACGUUCAAAUACAAUGCCCUCAAGAUAUGACCAAGGAUCCACAGGUUUGGCCAGUUUUUCUGACAGCAUCAGAAGUCCCAUAAAAGAUGCAAGUUCAACUGAUGCUACAAAAUUUAAAAUGGCCUCCUCGAGGUUGACAGUCAAGAAAAGCACAAGUGUCCAAGACAAGAAUUGUCUGGAUUCAAACACCAAAGUCAUUAGAAAAGUAUUACCAAUAAUAAAACAGAAAAGUUCAGUGAAGGGAACAAAGACUCUGUCUCAAGGUGGAAAUAAAGGUUUGGAGACCAUCCGCAAGGUUUUUUCCCACUCUGUUGGCUUUGGGAUCAGAAGUGUUUUGACAAAAGUUUUCUGCAAGCCACCAUCAGGCUCACGGGGACAUAGAAAUGUCAAAUCUGUGAAUAAAAAGAUAGGUCCACUUAAUGAGAAAUCAUACAAAAUCAAGACAGGAAACAGGAAACAGGAAAAGUGCCCUAUCAAGCCAACAAUGUCCUGUGAAAAUUUGGAGCAGCUUAACUCACUAAAACAUAAGCCACAGAGACAAUGGCAUAGUGCAGAAGUACUAACGAGUACCAAGCAAUGGGUUGCAGGGCAAAAAGAAACCGCUGGAUGGGUGGAACUUGGUGGUUGGGAGGAUCCAAAUGGAUCUUCAGAUUGUGAUAGUAUCUUCUCAUUGGAUUCACUGUCAUCAGCUUAUGCUACAGCUCUAGCUGAACAACUUCAGCAGGAGGAAUGUGAUUCCAGUGACGCUGAGAGUGAAGACAGUCAGAUGUCUCAAGAUUCUCUUGUUAUGGAGAGCAGUGGGAAGCAUGUGACUGCCAGACCAGUGCUGAGGUUUAAAAAUUUUCCAAGCCACUUAACCAGCCCUACAAUACCGGCCUCAAGCAGCUCUCAGGCAAUUGGCAAUAAAGAGAAAGUGAGAAUAUCCAAAGAUGUACCUGCAGAGGUUUUCUGGAGCCUUAAUGGUAGUCAGAAAUUGAAAACGGAGAAUGGCAAAGGGAUGGCUAGAGAGCCUUCACACAUCUCUUGUCUAGCAUCUGAAUCAAGACCUUGUAGUGGUGCAAGUAUGAGAGAGACUGAGAAUCCACUUGCUCUUACCGAUGCUUGGUCAUCUACUGAUGCAGCAGACAGUCCAAGAAUAAUCAGGGCUUCAGGACACUUGAUUAAACAGGAUCCACACACACUAAUAGAGAGCAGUAGAUGCCAAAGCUCUACGAGCCUGGAUCUAUCCGACAACAUGAAUGCCUCAGAAAGCCAGAGCUCACCUCGUUCUGACUCUGGAAAUACAACACUGGAAGAACAAAAUGACACAUCCUUUGAAAAUACCCUGUUGUUAGAGAAUGAUAUCAGUUUUAUCCCAGGGCAAGAGAUCUAUUUUAAUGAACUGGCUACCAAUGCAGGACCAUGUACAACUGUCUGUGACUCUACAGACUCUUCAAAUGUGGAAUCAGACCCAAAUACCCUAACCACUGAAUAUGAGCCACUGAAUUCCACUGUGACUGAAGCAUUGCUGAUCAACUCUUGUUCCAAAGAUGUUGCACUUAAACCUAACAGCAGGUUAUCAGGUUUCAACAUGUGA